AUGUGGAAGCUGUUGCUGUGGGUUGGGCUGGUUCUUGUGCUGAAACACCACGAUGGUGCUGCCCAUAAACUGGUGUGUUAUUUCACCAGCUGGGCACACAGUCGGCCAGGCCCCGCCUCGAUCUUGCCCCAUGACCUGGACCCCUUUCUCUGCACCCACCUGAUAUUUGCCUUUGCCUCAAUGAACAACAAUCAGAUUGUUGCUAAGGAUCUCCAGGAUGAGAAAAUUCUCUACCCAGAGUUCAACAAACUAAAGGAGAGGAACAGAGAGCUGAAAACACUGCUGUCCAUCGGCGGGUGGAACUUUGGCACCUCAAGGUUCACCACUAUGUUGUCCACAUUUGCCAACCGUGAAAAGUUUAUUGCUUCAGUUAUAUCCCUUCUGAGGACACAUGACUUUGAUGGUCUUGAUCUUUUCUUCUUAUAUCCUGGACUAAGAGGCAGCCCCAUGCAUGACCGGUGGACUUUUCUCUUCUUAAUUGAAGAGCUCCUGUUUGCCUUCCGGAAGGAGGCACUGCUUACCAUGCGACCAAGGCUGCUGCUGUCUGCUGCUGUUUCUGGGGUCCCACACAUCGUCCAAACAUCCUAUGAUGUGCGCUUUCUAGGAAGACUCCUGGAUUUCAUCAAUGUCUUGUCUUAUGACUUACAUGGAAGUUGGGAAAGGUUCACAGGACAUAAUAGCCCCCUAUUCUCUCUGCCUGAAGACCCCAAAUCUUCGGCAUAUGCUAUGAAUUAUUGGAGAAAGCUUGGGGCACCCUCAGAGAAGCUCAUCAUGGGGAUCCCCACCUAUGGACGCACCUUUCGCCUCCUCAAAGCCUCUAAGAAUGGGUUGCAGGCCAGAGCGAUCGGACCAGCAUCUCCAGGGAAGUACACCAAGCAAGCAGGCUUCUUGGCUUAUUUUGAGAUUUGUUCCUUUGUCUGGGGAGCGAAGAAGCACUGGAUUGAUUAUCAGUAUGUCCCAUAUGCCAACAAGGGGAAAGAGUGGGUUGGCUAUGAUGAUGCCAUCAGCUUCAGUUACAAGGCAUGGUUUAUAAGGCGAGAGCAUUUUGGGGGGGCCAUGGUGUGGACAUUGGACAUGGAUGACGUCAGGGGCACUUUCUGUGGCACUGGCCCUUUCCCCCUUGUCUACGUAUUGAAUGAUAUCCUGGUGCGGGCUGAGUUCAGUUCAACUUCUUUACCACAAUUUUGGCUGUCAUCUGCUGUGAAUUCUUCAAGCACUGACCCUGAAAGUCUGGCUGUGACCAAGACAUGGACCACUGAUAUUAAGAUUUUGCCCCCAGGAGGAGAGGCUGGGGUCACUGAGAUCCAUGGAAAAUGUGAAAAAUGUGGAAAUAUGACUAUAACCCCUAGAGUUACAAUUGUGAUCCCUACAAAGGAAACUGUAUCCCUUGGAAAGCAUACUGUAGCUCUAGGAGAGAAGACUGAGAUCACUGGGGCAAUGACCAUGACUUCUGUGGGUCAUCAUUCCAUGACCCCUGGAGAGAAGACCCUGACCCCUGUGGGUCAUCAGUCUGUGACCACUGGACAGAAGACCCUGAUCUCUGUGGGUUAUCACUCUGUGACCCCUGGGGAAAAGACCCUGACCCCUGUGGGUCAUCCAUCUGUGACCCCUGUGAGUCAUCAGUCCGUGAGCCCUGGAGGAAUGACUAUGACCCCAGUCCAUUUUCAGACUGAGACCCUUAGACAGAAUACAAUGGCCCCUAGAAGGAAGGCUGUAGCCCUUGAAAAGGUGACUGUCCCCUCCAGAAAGAUAUCAGUCACCCCUGAAGGGCAGACUGUGCCUUUAAGAGGGGAGUAUUUGACUUCUGAGGUGGGUACUCACCCCAGGAUGGGUAACUUGGGUCUUUAGAGGGAAGCUGAAAACAGGAUGAUGCUGUCCUACCCUGUCAUCCAGCUCCCAGAACAUACUCCUCAAGCUUUUGACAACCACUUUGUUUCUGUCUAUGGAAACCAUUCCUCUGUCAACUCAGUAACCCCUCAAACAAGUCCUCUUUCUCUAAAAAAAUAAAUCCCAGAAGACUCUGCUGUGGAUCAAGGAGCCUAA